AUGAGCACAACGGCUCCGGCAGCCCCUGCACAGCCGGAUACGACGAUCGUUGAUGAGGUUUUCUUAAAAAAAUUUGAUUUAUAUGAUAACUUAAUUUUUCAGAUCCCGGAAACAUUGAAUCACAUUCUACUGCUUGUCGUCAAAAAUUUCUUCACGAAUGUCAGUGGUUUGACAUUUCAAAUAAUUUUGAGUUUUUUAAAGAGUUUCAAGUUAUUACUUGAUGGGAUUGGUCAACUGUGGAAUAUCAAAAAGGUCCGGUUCAUGAUUUUCACAGAUAAUUAAGUUUGUUUAAUUUGUCGAUAGGGAUUUUUUAAAGAGGAGAGAAGAAGGCAAUGCAGUUCUCAUAGUUAAAACUUGAAGGUUUUGUCCUGUUGCAUAUCCAGGAAAACUGCUAGUCGAUGAAAAUUGUCCGUGAAAAAGAAUUCUGUGAAAAGUUUUACUAUAUUAGGAGAAAAAAAGAAAGAAAUCUUUUACCAUAGUAUUUCUUUGAAGGAACACUUUCUUGUGGUGUACUACAUUAUGCGGGCCGAAUGUAUUCGGGAAGAGAAUCUGCGGAGUCGCUUGAAUUUCGACCAGAAACAACUAAGACAGGUUUUUUCGUCACUUUUUUGAAUGAAAUAUUCCUUUUUUAGUUGCUGGCGAAUUUGAAGGGCGAAAAAUUGGUGAAAGAGCGGUUGUUAUCGCAGAAGAAUGAGAACGGUAGAAAUGUUCGUUUUUCAUCAAAAAAUAAAGUUUUUCGAAUUAAAAAUUCCCAGGUUUCCAUUAUCUUUUACUUCAUCAAUUACCGCGCCGUUUUGAACGUCUUGCGGUAUAAGAUUGACCACAUGAGGUGAUAACGAAUGGAAGAUUCGAAAAUACCAUCAUGAAUUCAGACAAAAGCUGGAAUCUCGCGAGAAAGACGACAUGAAUCAGGCACAUUAUAAAUGCAACCAUUGCAGUAGUCGAUACGAGGUAUUUUUUAUACAGUUCUAAAAUAAAUCUUCUUGACGUAUUGUGAGCUUUCCUUUUUGAAAACAUCUUGUGGAAAAAUGUCUUCCGGAUUCAACUUUUGAAAAUCUUACUUCGCAGAUCGUCUUUUCCGGUGUUUAUUCUGAUUCUUAACCUCACCAUUUCAAGCUCCUCGACAUUCCUCGAAUUCUCGACCCCAUGACAGGACAGCUCAGGUGUUGGCGGUGUCAUAAUGAAGUCACAGCCGACGAGAGCGUCGCGCCAUCACAAUUGACGCGGUUCGUAUCCCUCAAGUGACCACUUGAAAAUUCAUUUCAAUAAUUUCAUGUUAACUUUCAAUUUUAGCGUUUCAAGAUUGUUUUUCGGAGAAAUUUUAAUUUCACUCAUUAUGAUCACUGACAGGCUUUCUUUUUGAAAAGCCAACUUCAGAACGGCCGUAGCGCGGUUCAACGAGCAAAUGACGCCGUUGUUCGCAAGGAUACAGGAGCUAAACGGCGUUCAGUUGGCACCACAUCUUCUGGAACCGGAUAUAAACAAGUUUUUGGAGGAGGACGUUAAAAGUAGCCUUUUUCUUGUCGGACAAAGAAGUCAAAAUGACUUUAGAUCAACAACAACAGCAGAUGGACUUCACAUCGGCGGCGCCAAGAGCUCAGCUCGGAGGAAGCGCCCAUUCUUUUGCGGCCACCAUCAACUACGCCCAUGGCGACCAGAUCACGGUUGAUCUCAAUGCCGACAUUAACAAGUUCGUUUUGAAAUGGAAAGUUAAAAAAAAUAUAUCUUAAACUCAAAUUGAAAAGCUGAUUCAUAUUCUCUGAAAGUUCAAACUUUUUUUAUAGAAAACAAGUGGAGGAAGCGAAAGAAGUGCCUCUGUGGCUACAGGACGACGCGAUCGGAGGCACCAAUGGUCUGGGCGAAGCCGAGUUCGGAGAAAAGUCGGAAUUGACGCUUGAUCAACACCAACUUUGGUUGUCAUCUUUCAGAGUGGUCAAGGAAGCCGAGAAAGGCGGCUUAUCUCUGCACAUGCUCGCUGAGAUCGAGGGCGUCGAAGCCGAGCCGACGUCUGCGGCCAGCAACGGCGAGCCUGAAGCCAAGAAGCUCAAGGAGGACGAAGAGGAGGAAGACGAGGACGAGGAAGAAGAGGAGUUGGUCGACGUCGGCGAUCGGAAGGUGCCCUUGAGCGACGUGACGCCGGAGAUGGUUGAGAACGGGAUGAACGACCUCCAGCGGCAGGCCUACACCGACCUCAUACAGCAGCACAUGGCCUAUUGA